AUGGAUUCAUCACCACACCAUGUGCCCAGAUACCAGCGCGAUUACUCCUUGCCGGACGCGUUCUACAACGGCCGGCCAAGAGGCGCAGCCGCCGGGGAGGUCAACGAUGCGCUCCUCUUCCUUGCCGUCCCGGCCGGCUGGCUCAUCCGGCUGGUCGCCUUCCUCGGGGAGCUCGUCGCCUCUGCCAUCCUCAGCCUCGUCUUCCCCGUCGCCAUUCUCAUUGGCGUACUGCGGGCCCUUCCCGCGGUGGUCGCAUCUAACCUCCGGCGCGCGGCCCGCGGCCUGCUCGCCGCGGCGUGCACCUUUGCUGCCCUUGUCGCCGCGCUGUUCGUGUCCGUGCUGCUCGGCUUCGUUCUUGUCCGGCACUGGGUGGAGGAGCCGGUGACCGUGCGCCAGCCUCUCUACUUCGACUACACGGAGGCGCAGCCGAGCGCCGCGCUGGCCCUCGGCGGAGCGCGGGGCGUGGCGCUGCCGGCCGGGCACGCCGUGAGGGUGUCGAUGGCGCUGCUGCUGCCCUAUUCCUACCACAAUCGCGAGGUUGGCAUGUUCCAGAUUAAAGCAGAGGCCAUCUCUGUAAGUGGAAGCACCAUUGCAUCAGCUGCACAGCCAUACAUGCUGAGGUACAAGAGCAACCCUGUCCGGCUAGCGCAAUCAGCUGUGAUGUGUGUGCCACUCACGCUGGGCAUGCGCAGCGAGACCCAGACUGCAAAUCUCAAGGUGUUGCAGUAUAGGGAAGGCCAUGGCCGUCACAAGAGAACAGGGCUCAUCAGAGUUAUGCUGCAGCCAAGAGCUGGUACAGUGCAGCUGCCUCAGGUGUACAGAGCAGAGGUUGUUGUGCAGACAACUCUUCCAUGGAUAAAGAGUCUGGCACGCGGCUUGAAAUGGACAUUAUGUGUGUGGGUGUCUUUCUCUGUCUACAUUGUCCUCGUUGUUUUUGCCAUUUGUUGGGUCCGGCCCCCUGCAGCAUCCGCGAGAAAUAGAAGGUCAUCUGAGCUUCAGGCCAAUGGAAAGAUGGCUUCUGAUUUGGAUACAGGAGACGUUGGUGAGAGCCCAGGCAAGGAGUUAUCUGAAGAUUUUACACUGAAGAGGAGAGAGAGGAGAAGCAAGCGGAAAGCACAAUUUCGAACGCAACCACAUGGAGUCAGCAUAGAGCUCGAGUUCACUAAGGGUUCAACUUCUGGUGUUGCUGUGGUGGAUACUGCUCAGGCCAUGAAUGGUCCUUGA